GCCCCCUCCUCCGGGCCCCUCCUCUCUCCGCGCGGUGGCGCUCACCGGCUUUGUCAGCCCUGCCCUGGCUGGCCUGGGAGGCGGCAGCCGGGGCGCAGGCUGGGUGGGAGCCGCUGCCGUCCGCGCAUACUUCCCGGCGAGCCGGCUGCAAGCCCGGGCGCUACCGCCGGCGAGCGGUGGGGGGUAGCCAGGCAGGCACGCGGCGAGCCCGAGCUCGGACAGUCUCCUGCCCUGGGUGUCGGGAGCCCGGCAGCUUCCAGCCCUUGCCGUGCGGAGAGCGAGACGCCCGCUGCGCCCGGCAAGCGAAGAGCCGGGCGGUCCCCGAGCCGCUGCCAUCAGCCGGCAGAGGGGCUGGAAAGCCGCUGCCGUCAGCAGGCAGCAAGGACGGGGAGCCCACGGCGAGCAAGUUGGGGUGCAGAGGAGGAGGGGAGCCCUGCCCUCUCCCGGGAAGAGUCCGGCAUGCAGAAGAUGCCGUGCAUGGCAGCGAAGAAGAGGAGGUUUUGUGGUCCCGGCUGCUUGGUGUUUCCCUGGCGCUCUUGCUUCCCCGCUUGGAUUUGCUGCUGGGCUCUAAUCUGCUGUCAAGCGGCGCGGACUGGGGAUGCUGUUGAGACUUCCUCCCGCGUGCAGCUGCCUCAGUGUCAGGAGACAGAUUACCACUAUGAAUACACAGAAUGUGACAGCAGUGGAUCCAGGUGGAGGGUGGCUGUCCCAAAUCCGUCAGCGGAGUGCUCUGGAUUACCUGACCCCAUGAAAGGAAAAGAAUGCACGUUUUCAUGUGCUUCUGGUGAAUACCUAGAAAUGAAGAAUCAAGUGUGCAGUAAGUGUGCCGAGGGGACAUAUUCUUUGGGCAGUGGGAUCAAGUUUGAUGAAUGGGAUGACCUGCCAGCAGGAUUCUCCAAUGUGGCAACUUUCAUGGACACUGCUGUCGAGUCAGCUGAGAAUAAAGCAGAGAGCUGUGACAACUCUUCGUGGACUCCUCAUGGGAAUUACAUAGAGUCCAAUAGAGAUGACUGCACUGUUUCUCUAAUCUAUGCUGUACAUCUGAAGAAAUCUGGUUCUGUCUUCUUUGAAUACCAGUAUAUUGACAACAACAUCUUCUUUGAGUUUUUUAUUCAAAAUGAUCAGUGUAAAGAGAUGGACUCCACGGCUGACAAAUGGGUGAAAUUAACAGACAACGGCGAAUGGGGCUUUCAUUCCGUAUCUUUGAAAUCAGGGACUAAUAUAUUAUAUUGGAGAACAACAGGGAUUCUUAUGGGUUCUAAAGUGGUGAAACCUGUUCUGGUGAAAAACAUCACAAUUGAAGGAGUUGCAUAUACAUCUGAAUGCUUUCCAUGCAAACCUGGUACAUUCAGUGAUAAGCCAGGGUCUUCCAAUUGCCGGGUGUGUCCCAGAAAUACCUACUCAGAGAAAGGAGCUAAGGAAUGUACCAACUGUAGUGAAGAAACACAUUAUGCAGAUGAAGGAUCCAGUCAAUGUACAGAGCGUCCUCCUUGUACGAAUAAAGACUUUUUCCAGAUCCAUACGCUGUGUGAUAAGGAAGGCAAGACUCAGAUAAUGUACAAAUGGAUAGAGCCUAAAAUCUGCAGGGAGGAUCUUCCUGAUGCGUUGAAACUGCCUCCUUCUGGAGAGAAGAAGGAUUGUCCACCAUGCAACCCUGGGUUUUACAACAACGGAUCAUCUUCCUGUGCUCCUUGCCCUCAGGGCAUGAUUUCGGAUGGAACAAAAGAAUGCAAGGCCUGCCCUGCUGGGACUGAACCAGCUCUCGGGCUUGAAUAUAGAUGGUGGAACGUUCUGCCGGUCAAUAUGAAGUCUUCUUGUUUUAAUGUUGGCAAUUCAAAGUGUGAUGGAAUGAAUGGCUGGGAGGUGGCUGGUGAUCACAUCCAGAGUGGGGCAGGGGGCUCUGACAAUGAUUAUCUUAUCCUGAACCUGCAUAUCCCAGGAUUUAAACCUCCAACAUCAGUGACAGGGGCAACCGGGGCAGAACUAGGACGAAUUACUUUUAUUUUUGAGACCAUCUGUUCGGCAGAUUGCGUAAUAUACUUUAUGGUGGAUGUUAAUAGAAAAAACACGAAUGUGGUGGAAUCCUGGGGCAGGACAAAGGAGAAACAAUCUUACACUCACAUUAUCUCCAAAAAUGCUUCCUUCACAUUUACAUGGGCCUUUCAGAGGACAAACCGGGGCCAAGAUAGCAGGCAAUUCAUACACGACGUGGCAAAGAUCUACUCGAUAACGGUGACCAAUGUGUUGGAUGGAGUUGCCUCGUCUUGCCAGGCCUGCGCACUGGGGUCUGAACAGUCUGGGUCAUCCUGCGUACCCUGUCCUGCUGGACACUACAUUGAGAAGGAAACCAACCAAUGCAAGGAGUGCCCAGACAACACAUAUCUGUCUAUACAUCAGGUGUACGGCAAAGAGGCUUGUAUCCCAUGUGGGCCUGGCAGUAAAAGCAACAAGGACCAUUCCACCUGCUUCAGUGACUGCACACUGUCUUACCUCAUGGACAACCAGAGCCUGAAUUAUGACUUUACCAACCUAAGUGGGGUAGGGUCAUUAAUGAAUGGACCCAGCUUUACAUCCAAAGGGACAAAGUUCUUUCAUUUCUUUAACAUCAGCCUGUGUGGGAAUGAGGGAAAGAAGAUGGCAAUUUGCACAGACAAUAUAACAGAUGUCACAGUAAAGGACAUGGUAGCUGAAUCAGAAGACUAUUCCAGCUUGGUGGGAACUUUUGUAUGCCAAUCUACGAUCAUCCCGUCAGACAGUAAGGGGUUCAGAACAGCACUGGCUCUGCAGUCCAACAGCCUUGCUGAUACAUUCUUAGGAGCUACGGUUGAAACCACACUGGGAAAUAUUAACACUGAAACAGAAAUGUUUCCACCUUCUCCAAGGACAAUACCUGAUGUGAAUUUCUUUUUCAAGUCUUCUACACUUACAACCCCCUGUGAAAAUGGACGUGCAACUGUUGUGGUGAUGAGGUGUAAUCCCACCAAACCAGGCCAAGGCGAUAUUUCAGUCCCCAGCGCAUGCCCCGUUGGCACCUGUGAUGGAUGCACCUUCUACUUCAUGUGGGAAAGUGCAGAAGCCUGUCCUUUGUGCACAGAGCAUGACUACCAUGAGAUUGAGGGAGCUUGUAAAAAGGGAUUUCAGGAAACCUUAUAUGUCUGGAAUGAGCCAAAGCAAUGCAUGAAGGGGAUUGCCUUGCCUGAGAAAAGGGUCAGCACCUGUGAAACCAUGGACUUUUGGUUAAAAGUUGGAGCAGGUGUUGGUGCAUUCACAGCUGUUCUGCUCGUAGCCUUAACCUGCUACUUCUGGAAGAAAAAUCAGAAGUUGGAGUAUAAAUAUUCCAAAUUAGUGAUGACAGCUAACUCGAAAGAGUGUGAGCUUCCAGCUGCUGACAGCUGUGCUAUAAUGGAAGGAGAAGACAACGAAGAGGAAAUAGUAUAUUCAAAUAAACAGUCAUUGCUGGGAAAGCUCAAGUCAUUGGCAACAAAGGAAAAACAAGAUUGUUUUGAAUCUGUUCAACUGAAAUCUUCAAGAUCACAAAAUAUAUGAGGAUUAAAUGCUACCUUCAAAGAAACAAACCUGAUUUCUAUUUUUACAGGACCACAUUUUAAACAUAUUCCUGCAGACAGCAGAAUAAUGAUUGCAGUGAGAAAUGCUGAGCCAUUUAAGCAAAAAGAGGGUGGAAAUCAAAACAAAAGAUUGGAUUGCCUUAUUCUGUGGUCAAGUACCUUGCCAAAAACAAGAAGCAGACUGCUUGGAUUCCAAACUAGGAAUGAAGCUUAACUCAGGAAGAGAUAUACAUACUGCAACUGACAUCAGUUUUGUAUUCACCUGUGCAUUGCUCAGGCCUGCUGUGUGAUUUAUUGGUACCUUUCAGUGCAUAAUCACGUUGUCCAUAUGCAUUGUAAGAACUGAUUUUCUGAGAGAUUCAAAACUUUCUGCAAAGGUUCUGUACUGUCCUUUUUGUAGCCUAACUUCCAGUCUCUCUUAAAAUCAAAAUGGGGAAUGGUACUUGAAACAGAAUCAUGGAUGACUUUUGAUCCUUGGAUAAAAUAAUGCUUUUAGGGUUAAGGGCUGGAUGGCCUGCAACAGCCUUUAGUGAGGCAGGGCCAAUUUUGCACCCAUGGAUCAAACCCACUUAGAUGCCAAUGUGAUGACCAUCUGGGUUGGCUUGAACUUGGCACUCCUGAAUUUAAGACUAUAUCUAUACCUACAGCUAAGGGUGUGAUUUCCAGCUUGUGUCAACAUUCUCGCAUCUGUUGUCAUCAAUCUAGCACGCUAAGAAUCGUAGUGUAGCCAUGGUAACAUAGGCAGCGGCCACGUGGGCAAGCUGUGCCGAGUAUGUACCCACAGGGUUCUGGUGGAUUUGUACUCAGGGUGGCUAGCCCAGGCCACCGCUUGGCACUGCCCAUGCUACUGUGGCUACACUACUGUCUUCAGUGUACUGGUUUGAGAGCUACGCGAGCUGAGAGUCACAUCCGCACCUCCAAGUGCAGACAUACCCUAAAUGGGUGUGCUGCCAGUACCUGAGUUGAAAGAUCAGAUCCGUCCAUUUAGAAGCCGCAGGAGCGCUCAUAAAUCUUUUUACAUGGUCCAGACACUAGAGGGGGGCAAAGAUCCAUAAUGUGAAUUAUGCUUUCUCCCUGCCUGGCAAAGCUUGUCCUGAGCAUCGGAGGUUGACAGCAGUUCGAGUUGUCAUUUGUGUGACAACCCCCUGGGAUCAGCAUCUGUAGGGAUUGAAUCCUGGACCCUUUCAGGGCGGGGGAACCACAAGCUUCUUGUGUCUAAGCUAACCGAGCCAAUUUGCAGUUGAGAGGCAGUAUCAGACUCUUUAGCCUGUAUUAGAGUAGCAGCCGUGUUAGUCUGUAUUCGCGAAAAGAAAAGGAGGACUUGUGGCACCUUAGAAAUUUUAUAAAUUUGUUAGUCUCUAAGGUGCCACAAGUACUCCUUUUCUUUUAGCCUGUAUGUGGUCUAAAAAGGGACAAGGACCCCCCUGCAGGUAUUAAUGUUGGUUACACCAUCAUGUAUCUUAGUAUACAAAUGGGUUCUACUGUCGAUGCAAGUUAUUGUAUAUUUAAAGGAGGGCACAAAAAGGUGCUUUGCAUAUUGAAGGCUGGCCUGAGAUUCUUUUUCAGGGCCUAAAAAUCUCUGACUUAAGCAACCGCGUUAAAAGUAUGUGAUCUUCCUAAUAUCCAGUCUAUGAAAAACUGUAAUUUCCUGAAAUUCAGUGCAAGUUGAACUGAAAAUAAUCUGCUAAAAUGUGGGUAUAAAAUUGUUGAUGAAAAUUAUGAAGGAAAGAGUUGCGUAAAGCUAGGAAGAAAUGAGGCUCCAAUCUUGUCACUCUAAUCAGACCUAUAUCUGCAUCACAAUAAAAUGCCUGAAUUGUGAAAUGCAUAUAAAACUUUGGAAAAGACACAGGCAAAAAUGGUGUUUUUACUAUAAAGAAUAUAUAGAUUUGGGCUUUUGAAUGACUCAGUUGCAUCAACCAGUCUGAGAAGAGUCCACUUCUAAAUUAAAUCUAAGAUGAAAACUGAAUAUUUUAUUAUACUAUGAGAUGUGGAAGGAGAUUUUAUGAAGAUUAGAGCUUCUUUUUCUUGUUUAGAGAAAUUUAUUUCAAUUAUUUUAUAUAUCCAGUUACAGAAACUGGGAUCUGUUCUUCUGAUUGGAGUUACUUUGGGUAUCUCAUCGGGGGUCGUGUUCAUUUCUUUUUGUUGUUCUUGAAACAGCAUUUCAUUUUCCAGAAAGAAGGGAUUUUUGUGAGGUAUUGAACCAUUUUUUGAUGUUUUUGAAUGUAUAUUAAAUACAAGUUUCUUUUUUUGUAUAUUUUGUACUGUUGCCCAUUCAUUAUCUUACAUUGUAUUUGUCGUCAUCCUAUCAUUUGCACGUAGUCAACAAUGGUAACAUGCUCCCUAGCAAAUGCCAAUUGGGAUUUUGAGAUGUGUUCUUUGCUGAUCUUUUAUGAAGAGGAUUUUUUUUUAUGUCAUUGAAUUUUAUUCAGAUAGCGUGUUUUAGUGUCAAAGAUUUUCAGCUGAUGAGCAUUUGUGCAGUGAAGUGAAAAUAUAUUUGAACUGCGAAUUUACAAUCUUUGGAAGAACUGUAGCAUGCAUUACAUUUGGCAGUGUUCUUCAGUGAUGGGUGGAGCCAUGGAGUGUUCCACCUUGCACAGAAUUACAUCUGUCACCACUGUUUUCAUCUGUUGCUCUUAUCUGCACCCGUUUCCCAAGCUAUAGAGAUAUAAGUAGGAUUACUUUCUAGGAACAUCUUUUCUUCUUCUGCCGCUGGAGUCGUAUCCCUGACACAUUAAAAUGCCUUAAAUUUUAACAAACUACCUUUCAGUUUUAUUAAUACAAAGGAGGGGUUUUGUUAUUUCCCAACCCCCCCAAUGACUUUUUCAAAUUAGAUAUUAAAUAGCAUUUUUUGUCGGCUCCUGCAGCCUUUGGUAUAUGACGCUUCUUACAUGGGGUUCCAAAUGAUCUGUCAUAUUAUUAUAAGAAAUUCUUCUGGGCACCCUGAAGGUUCACCUGGCUGAGCACGAUGAGAAGCAGAAACCAACUAAGCCUAUAGAAUUGAUGUAAGGCUAGUGUAAAGUAUUGUAAUGGAAUUUUCCAGCCAUAAAUAAGUUUGUUCUGCUACCUUUUAGCUGAGUUUUGGCUGUUUCUCUUUUUCUUUCCCUAAAGAUAGGCAAAAAGGCAGUUUCAUGUUCCCACAAAAGGCACAGUUUUGAAGUCUUGAAACACUUCAUUAAGCAAACGGUUGCCUGUGACAUCUUGUGUUCUGCCCAAAGGUACUCACAGCAACCAUCCCAUCAGCAACGUCAUGUGUGAAUUUGUUAUUCAUAAACAAAUGGCCAUAAAAAAAUGCAAAGCGCUCUGUUAUGUGUUCAGUUGAUUAAAUGGGAUACAUUUUUA